AUGAGUUCAUCGGCCGCAGAAAAAGCUGAAGUUGACGCAUUAAUUGCUCAAUUAAGUUCAUCACGUGAUAAUGAGAAAAAAUCUCAACCAAAUACAGUUGCUAGUGGUGGUGAUGCAAGUUCAAUAGCUACUGAACGUAAACGUGUACAAAUACGUCGAAAUUCAGGUUCAAAUUCUAAUACACAACUUGUCGGUUCACCAACAGAUGUACAUGGACAUUUAUUACAAAAGAAUGCAAAAAUUUCAAAAAAAUAUAAUCGAAAAUCAAGACAAGGUAAAGGUCGUGGUUUAGCAAAGAAAGGCGGUGGUGGUGGUGGAUUUACAUGGGGUGUACCAGGUUCUGAAUUACUUGAAGAAGAUAAUGAAGAUUUAGAUGAAGAUGAUUUAGCUGAUUUACAAUAUAAUCAAGCUAAAGCAAAACAUCUUGCUGAAUCAUCAAAAACAACAUUAGAAACUAAAUUCACUAAAUUAGAAAUAAUUCAAGAUCUUGAUAAAGAUGUUAAACCAUUAAUUGAUGAAUAUUUUGUUAAUGGUGAUGCAAAUGAUGUUGCACAAAUUUUACGUAAAUUUGAUGUUAAACAACGAGGUGGAGAAUUAAUGGGUUAUAUUGUUACAAUGGCAUUAGAAAAAUCCAAUGUUCAUAAAGAAUUAAUAUCGCGUCUUUUACAUGAUCUUAGUGGAAUUAUAUUACGUCCAAAUGAUUAUGUUAGUGGAUAUCAUUCAUUAUUAGAAUCAUUAAAUGAUUUAUCACUUGAUAAUCCGGAUGGUUCAAGUGAUCUUGGUAAAUUUAUUGCUCGUUCAAUUGCUGAUAAAUGUAUUGAUAAUACCAAUGGAAAAUAUUUCGUUCAAUAUAAAGGAAAUGUUAAAUGUGCAAAAAUGCAAGCAGCACU